AUGCCACGUUGUUUGAUAAAGUCAAUGGUACGAUACCAUAGAACAGAUGAUUCAAACGAAGAGACCGAAUUUUCAUGGUUACCGCCGUCCGCGGAUCUCAAACGAAAAAAUCAUACAAAGGAUGCAACGUCUAAGACGAGCAAUAUCUGGACUUGUUCAGGACUUCCCAUUGUAACUCGAUACAGCUUCCAUAAAGUUAAUAAUGCCACGUUUGACACGGGCUUAAAUACGGAUCGAAAUUUUGCAAAUAUUCGCCAGGAUGCUCCACCGAUCGACGUUGUAAACACAAUCGAUUCAGGGAAAGUGUCCACGAUAUUGCUCGAUAACGCCUCUCAAUCCUCCUGUAAUGCGAAAGAAUCAUUAAGAGCAACGAAGAUAAUGGAUCCAGGGAAGCUUAAUGGGAUGAUAAAUCAGAAAGUCGUGAUCAACGGCUCCGAAACGCAAGCGCUCUCGCAGGCUUUGUAUCUGAUGCCGAAACAAAAGCACGAACCGAUCAACGUCGCCGAGAAUAAGACGUCUGUUAAAGAGAACGCUCAAUCCUGGAAGAGAAAUAAAACGAUGCAUUAUUGUCCGUAUUGCUGUAAGAGCUUUGAUCGACCGUGGGUGUUGAAGGGUCAUUUGCGUCUUCACACAGGCGAGCGGCCCUUCGAGUGUCCCGUUUGCCACAAAUCUUUUGCAGAUCGUUCUAAUUUGCGCGCUCAUCAAAGGACACGUAAUCAUCAUCAGUGGCAGUGGCGCUGUGGUGUAUGUUUUAAAGCUUUCUCGCAAAGACGUUACUUGGAACGUCAUUGUCCGGAGGCUUGUCGCAAAUAUCGUAUAUCCCAAAAGAAGGAAUUUCCUUGUUCGUAA